UACAGGAGAAAAACGCUUUGUGGAGUUUUGGAAUGAUCCUUUAUACACUUGAUCGCUUGUAUAAGGUAACAGAGAGGCAUGCAAAGGAAUCUGGUGAAUGGCAAAGCUUGCAUGCAGAUAUUCUUGAUCUGGCAAAUCCAAAGCUUGCUGUCCACUACAAGCUUCAUAUCUCAGCUCGAAUGGUGCAGGUAUUACCAACCUUUCUUCAAGAAUUUGACCAUUGUAGUGGUCUGUUUUGUAGGCUUGAAUACCAAACACAAAUGAGAAUCCCUUUAACAUGUGCAUUUAUCUCAGUUUUUGAUAUACAUGGAAUUGUGCAAUUAUUUUCAUCACUAAUAUGAGGACAGUUUUGUCAUGGCUGAUUGUAAGUGGCUGAGCUAUAUAAUUAUUGAGUCUGCAACAA